AAAAGCCCCACCAUGGACUCUCUCUCCUUCUCUCUCGCCUGUUUGUGUUCGCAAUGGAUUACCUCAAAACCGUUGUUCCUUCGCAGCUCAUUGCCGAGCGAGGCUCGAAUCUCGUCGUCAUAAAUCCAGGUUCUGCAAACAUUCGAAUUGGUCUCGCUCAUCAACAUGCUCCUUUUGUUGUCCCUCAGUGUAUUGCUUGGUAUAUGAGAGCAUGGAAUGAGGGGUAUCAAGGGCCAAAGAGGACUUUGCAAGAUCAAUUGCUUAAUUCUCAAAUUACACCCUCUCAGCACUCGGAGCGUGAGAAGGCUUAUGAUAUUAUUGCAUCCUUGUUGAAGAUUCCCUUUCUGGAUGAAGACACUGUGAACUCUUACCCUCGCAAGAUGGCACGAGUUGAUGGAUAUAAUCAACAAAGUAGGAGUGAUGCAACUUUUGCUUGGACAGAUGUCCGACAGAAGAACCUGAAUUCUUCUUCAGCAAGAGAACUUUCGGAGAGUAAGGUUGUCAUUGCUGAAACCUUGGACCGACCUCAAGGUGUUGAUAGCGGGGGGAGAGAUGCUGUUGAAUGUAAGUACAAGGAGUUUAUUUGUGGUGAGGAAGCACUAAGAAUUUCCUCUACUGAGCCAUACUGCCUACGCCAUCCUAUUCGCCGUGGCCACUUGAACAUUUCUCAGCAUUACCCUACACAGCAGGUGAUUGAGGACCUGCAUGCAAUUUGGGACUGGAUAUUGAAUGAAAAGUUGCAUAUUCCUCAGGCUGAUAGAAACAUGUUUUCUGCUAUUCUUGUUGUGCCAGAGACAUUUGAUAGUCGUGAAAUCAAGGAAGUUUUGUCAAUUGUAUUGCGGGAUUUACGAUUUGGCUCAGCAGUGGUACAUCAGGAAGGUAUUGCUGCAAUUUUUGGGAAUGGAUUGUCAACAGCAUGUGUUGUGAAUAUGGGUGCUCAAGUGACAUCAGUUAUCUGCAUUGAUGAUGGAGUGGCUCUGCCUACUACUAGUGUAACAUUACCAUUUGGUGGAGAAGAUAUAUCUAGGUGCCUUUUAUGGGUUCAACGACACCAUCAGACCUGGCCAACAAUUCGCACUGAUCCUUUGGCUAAACCCGUUGACUUAUUGAUGCUCAACAAGUUGAAAGAAUCAUAUUGUCUCAUUUGUGGAGGAGAGCUUGAUGCUGUCACAGUCGUUCAUUCUUAUGAGGAUGGCAUGCCAGCUGUAGCUCACAAGACAAGGAUGUCUGCUCUAAAUGUACCUCCUAUGGGUCUGUUCUACCCCCAGCUUUUAGUUCCAGAUGAGUAUCCCCCACCCCCCCGUUCUUGGUUUCAUGACUAUGAGGAUAUGCUGGAAGAUAGUUGGCAUAUGGAUUUUCCAAGAAGACCGGACAUGCCAGAUGGCAUGUUUCUUGGUGUUAAUGGUGGAGUAAACAUGUGGGAAAACUAUCCAGUUUUCCCAAUUAGACCCAAGAAGGAGGAAAACCUUGGGCUUGCAGAUGCAAUUACUAGUAGUAUUCUCUCAGCAGGUCGUAUAGACCUCCAGAGGAAGUUAUUUUGUAGCAUACAAUUGAUUGGUGGGGUCGCUUUGACUGGCGGUCUGGUUGGUGCCGUGGAGGAAAGAGUAUUGCAUGCCAUUCCUGCAAAUGAAGCCAUUGAUACUGUUGAGGUGUUGCAAUCAAGGACAGAUCCAAACUUUGUGACAUGGAAAGGCGGAGCGAUUCUUGGUGUUCUUGACUUUACUCGGGAUGGCUGGAUUCAUCGAGAGGACUGGAUCCACAAUGGUAUUCAUGUUGGGAGUGGCAGAAAAUACAGGGACUCCUAUUAUCUUCAGGGCCAAGCAAUGUCUUACAUAAGUUCUUGAGAGCCAACUUGCCAUUCUUGAAUCCUCAAGUUAAAUCAUUUUCUUUCUCAAGCUAAAAUCAUUUGCUUAAAUGUAUCAUUUUCUUUUACAAACAAGCAUGCAUAUGAAAUAAGCUGAUAUUGCCUUUUUCAGUGCAGCACUUGGGAGGCUUGGCUCUUGUACAGUCGCCAGCUCCAGUUGAAGCAGCCAUCUCUAGUUAAGGCAGUUUCUUCUUUCCUGGCCGUCAUUCUUAUGCUCUGUCAUCUUUUGCACAUGUGACAAGGACAACACUGCAUUAUUAUGUGGAGGAGGAAGGUUGAUGUCCUGCCAAGCAGUGGACCGUAAGACUUCACCAAUUUGGCAUUUAAAAGCCCAGCCUAAGUUGUUUAGGUAAAGGCUAAAACUUUGAUGAUGAUGACAAUGAGGGCGAUGAUGAAAGCAAAAGCCCCCUAGACUGCCAUGCUAACAUGUAAAAAUCACAAGUAAAAUGGCCAUUGAAGUUAAAAGUAGAAGAGCUAUCAAACCUCUGUGUAAUGUGUUGUGUAGGUUAGGGAAAUUGGCUCAUAAAUAAUUUGUAAAGAAGGGCAAUUGAUUUAGCUGCCCAGCCUUAGUAUAAAAUUCAACUUUUUUCUUAUACUAAUAUUUCCA